UCUUUCUCUACAUUAAUUAUCUCUUCCGUUACAUUUUAACCCCCUUUCUAUAUUUUUAUUAAAAAUGAAAAAACUCAAACUCAUGGAUCACUCAUCCUGCCGGAGUAGAUUUCAAGAUCCUCAGUCGCAUGCGCCGGCGAGAACAGUGAAUAAUAACAAUAAUAAUCCGAAGAAGAAAAGAGUCGUCAAAGAAGACAAUGAUGAUGAUGAAAAGAUUGUUUCAAAGCAUACAAGUUAUCGAGGAGUGAGAAUGCGACAAUGGGGAAAAUGGGUCUCCGAGAUAAGAGAGCCAAAGAAGAAAUCAAGAAUCUGGCUCGGUACCUUCUCCACGGCCGAGAUGGCGGCGCGUGCUCAUGACGUAGCGGCUUUAGCCAUUAAAGGCGGCUCUGCUCAUCUCAACUUCCCUGAGCUAGCCUACCACCUACCUAGACCGGCUAGCACCGACCCUAAAGACAUACAAACCGCAGCCGCCGCUGCUGCAGCUGCAGUCACCGUUGACAUGGAGGUAGAGACGUCGUCGUCCUCACCCAUAAGCUCGGAGCCUUCGUCUCCGGCUAUGACCGCAACAGCGGACGAUGCGUUCUCUGACCUCCCUGAUCUCUUGCUCGACGUGAACCACAAAAUAGAUGGGUUUUGGGACUCGUUACCUUACGAAGAACCUUUCUUCUCGGGAAGUUACUAGAAAACAAAGACACUGUAGUUUUGUACCGUAGUGUUUUCUUGUCAUGUGAAAACUUUUUAACGUCAUAAAAUCACCGGUUGGAUUUUUUUUUUUUCUUUUUCUAGAACUUUUUAAGUGGGGGGGACUGUGUGACAUGUAUAAGUAAAAGGCUCUUUGUUUUUGUAGAAAUGUGAACGUCAGUGAGUCAGUGACAAUUGAAAAAGUCCCAUGUUUAUUUGUAGCUCUGUUGUACCUCUAUAUUUACUUUUAGGUUCUGGCUGUCUCUGGCACAAACAAUAGAAGA